UCCCCCUCAGGAGCCUCGAGCCCGCGGGGCCGCGCGCGUGCGCGCGCUGGUGACGUGGGGUGAUUGGCCGCGUCCAAGAUGGCGCUGAACCAGCAUCACUCCCGGGAGGGCGGCGGCGUCGUCGUGCCCAACGCCGAGUGUAUCCUCAAGCAGUGCAAAGAUGUGGAACUCUCCUUCUCCGACGUGACGGGCAAGCCGGAAGCCUUCAAGGGCACGAAGAAGGGAGCGCUCUUCCUCACCCCCUACCGGAUGAUCUUCGUGACCAAAGGCAAAGACGCCAUGCAGUCUUUCAUGAUGCCCUUCUACCUGGUGAAGAACUGCUCCAUAGAGCAACCCCUCCUUUCGGCCAACUACAUCAAAGGCACGAUCAGUGCCGAGGCAGGAGGCGGCUGGGAAGGGCAGGCGUCGUUCAAGUUGUCUUUCAGCAGCGGAGGAGCCAUCGAGUUUGGGCAGAUGAUGAUGCAGGCUGCUACUAACGCUUCCAAAGGGAUCCCACCUCCAAACCCCAACUAUGGCUACGUGCCCAUGCCGGGGGGCUACAUACCCAUGCCGGGGGGCUACGGGCCCGCUCCGGGGGGCUACGGGCCCGUUCCGGGAGGCUACGGGCCUGCCCCGGGAGGAUAUGUGCCCCCACCACCCUAUGCACCUGCCGGGGGAUAUGGACCCGCCCCACCCAUGGGCUACCCAUACCCACCACCUCCAGGGGUGUACCCGGCCCCAGGAGGUCCAGCUCCACCGCCCCCCUACCCGGGGCCGUCUCCCCCGGGACCCUCCGCCCCUGGGCCCUCCUCUGCGGGGCCGUCGGCCCCUUCGGCCUGGAUGGACUCCGGCAUGCCGGGUGGCAAUAAGGCGGCGGAAGCGGCUUCGAGUGCGUAUUACAACCCGGCCAAUCCUCACAACGUCUACAUGCCCAUGGACAAGCCUCCUCCCUACGCACCUCCGGACGAGAAGAAGAACAACUAAGUGAAGCAGGGGGCUGGGGGACCACCCAAUCCCGCCCCUGCUCCUUCCCUGCGACGACAAAAAAAAAAAAGAAAAAAAAAGAAAAAAAGAAAAAGCUGGUUAUUCCCCUCUUGUCCCCUUGGCCUGGUCUCCCUAGGGUUCCCGCCGGCCCAGCCUGGCCCUCGGCGAGCGGCAGCGUCCUGAGCGGCCGCUUCCUGGGGACACGGAGGCGGGGGAGGCGGCAGGACUGAGGGACCCGGACUGUCCUCUGCCCCAACAGCCUUGAAAUCCAGCUGAUUGGGCUCCCUCUGUUUACCGCCCCUGGGGGACAGGUUAUUUUUGACCUCUGGACCAGGUGUGUCAUGUGGUGUUUGGGGCGGGGGACGCAUCUCUUCAACUCUUCCUCGGCGCCCCCCCCCCCCCCCUCGCUCCAUGAAGUCGGGGUGCCAGAGGCUCAUCUGUGGUCCAGGGAGGGACCAAUCUGCAAGUUCAUUGCAGCUGCCAAGUGGGUGUGAGACCCGAGGCGUCAACUGGGUGGUCCCAGUUAAGCACAUCUCCCCCGAUCUGGCGCCACCCACACCUCUGCUCCCCGUUCCCGGAGGUUGGCGGUGGGGAGGGGGGGAUUACCGGGCUUUCUAGGUGGCUGACGAUUCCUGCCGAGUUGGGGCCUCGGCGGGCAUUCCGACGACUGGGCUCUCUCCCCGCUCCGCCCCCUCCUCCUUUCUCCUUCCCUAUCCUCUGCCCCUUUGGCAUCCUUUCGGUCUCCUCAGCCUGGCGGCUCAGGGUCUCGGGGGGGGUCCCCGGGGCCGGCACGCUGAGCUUCGCGGCCCAGGCCUCGGACGAGGCGGAGGAAAACGGCUUUAUCUCUCCUCCGCCCUUGCCCGCGGACCCUGCUGGCCAAAGAGCACAGCUGGGAAGACUGUACUUCCUUCACCCUUUUCCUUGAUGGUCCCAAGCUCUUUAGGGUGUGGGCUACCUUGCUUCCAGGGUUGCUUGGGGCCGCCAUCCCACUCCCACCCUCUGUCUAGAUCUCCCGACGCCGUCAACCUUCGGGGACGCACCUGGGCCGAGGGGGAGGGUACAUCUGUCCCACUGCGGAGAAGAAGCCAUUGGCUACCUGAGGCUCGCCCUUUUGGGGGCGAAGUGAGAACGGGGUAGGAAACUUCCCACCGAGAGAGGCCCAGAGGAGAGGGGAAGGUCACUCCAGCUUUCCUUCUUGCUCCCCGCUCCUCCUCCGGGGCCCGGACCAGGCCGGACCGUCCCCAAAGAGCCGUGUGGAGCCCCCCCCCCGCCGGCUACUAGCUGGGGCCGCGCGGCCCUUAGCCGUUUCUAGGCAGAAUGGGAUAAGCUCCAGGAAUUUACCGAAUUAUAAAUGUUCAAGUUGUGAAUGUUUGUAAUUUUUUGCAAUGCACUUUAAUACAGAAGCAUUAAAACCUC